AUGCUUGCAAAGGCGCUGGCGGCGGAGAGCCGGGCCACGUUUUUCAACAUCUCAGCGGCCAGCCUGACCUCGAAAUGGGUCGGGGAGGGCGAGAAGCUGGUGCGGGAGCUGUUCGCGAUCGCGGCGGAGGCGGCGCCCUCCAUCGUGUUUAUCGACGAGAUCGACAGCCUGCUCAGCGCCAGGGGGCAGGGCGAGCACGACGCGGCGCGGCGGCUGAAAACGGAAUUCCUAGUGCAGUUCGACGGCGUCGCGACCGGCGACGCGCCGGUGGUCGUCAUCGGCGCCACCAACCGCCCCGCUGAGCUGGACGAUGCCGUUCGGCGGCGCCUGGUGAAGCGCAUAUACAUACCGCUGCCAGACGAGGAGGGCCGCGCCGCGAUCCUGGGCCACUUGCUGGGCCGGGACGCGUCCGCGGCGCUCGGGCCGAAGGACGUCGCGUGGGUGGUGCGGGCGACAGACGGGUACAGCGCGUCGGACCUUACGGCGCUGUGCCGCGAGGCGGCGCUCGGGCCCGUGCGGGAGCUCGGGGCGGCGAUCAAGAGCGUGCGGGCGGACCGGAUACGGCCGAUGCGGCUGCAGGACUUCCGGGAGGCGCUGGCGGUGAUACGGCCGAGCCUCAGCCGGGAGCACCUGCGGGCGUUUGAGGAGUUCACGAGGGACUAUGGCACCGUGUAA